AUGAAACUCUUGGAAAAAGAUUUUGCUCUAAACCAAACAGGAACCGUUAAAAUAAUCGCAGAAGAACCCGACGAUGUAUGGCUCCUUUACAACCUCAUCACCGUAGGCGACGUCGUUACCGCCGACACCACACGCAAAGUCCACCUCGAAUCAAACAAAAACACCGCAUCACGUGUCAAACUCACCCUUCAUCUUAAAGUCACCAGCCGCGACUUUCACAAAGACUCUUCCACCCUCCGCGUCCAUGGCCGCAACCUUGAAUCAAACCAACAUGUCGCUGCUGGUUCUUUCCACACUCUAUCUCUCGAAAGAGAUAAACCCUUUGAACUUCGGAAAAAGAUAUGGGGUCCACACGCCGUUGAAGCCUUAUCAGAUGCUACAGAGAAUUCUUCAUCUUCUUCUUCUGAUGCGAAUCUUGCUGUUAUUGUUCUUCAACAACACCAAGCGGAGAUUCACUUGCUUGGAAAAGGGGUCACCACUCGUUGCACCAAGAUUGAAGCCUCUUCACAUUCACAUAAAAAAUCUUCUUCAUCUAACGUGUUUCUUCGUGAUGUUUUUGCGGCUUUUGUGAAGCAUGUGGAUUUCAAAGUUGUGAAAACCGUGGUGAUAGCAGGAGAUAGAGAUAACCCAACUAUUUUCCGUAGGUUUCUUUUGUCGGAAGCGAGGAGGUUAAGGAUGAGGUGGAUCGAAGAGAACAAGUCGCGUGUCGUUGUUGUAGGAUCAAAGUGUAAUAGUAAUACUAAUAACAACAAAGGUAACUAUGACUUUGAUUUGAGGGAAGUUUUCAACGACGUAGCGGUGAUGAAUUUGAUAAAGGACAGCACUUUAGGGUUAGAGAUUAGGGUUUUCAAGGAAUUAUGGGACAUGGUGUGCAACAAUUCAGAUCGUGUAUGUUAUGGACCAAAGCAUGUAGAGAGUGCACAUGAGAUGAAAGCGAUUGAAACACUUUUGAUAAGUGAUGAUCUUUAUAGGAAUGAAGAGAUUGAUAUGAGGAAAAAAUAUGUUGGUUUGGUGAAAUCAGUGAAAGAGGGUGGAGGAAAGGCUUUGGUGUAUUCUUCCAUGCAUGUUUCCACACCACAGUUGGAUCAGCUAACUGGUGUUGCUGCCAUACUCAGAUUUCCAUUGCCUGGUCUUCAAGAUAUUGAUGAUGAUGAUCAUGUUUAG